CGCCUUUCCGCCCGCAGCCCUGAAGGCCGCCAUCCUGAUCCAGAAGUGGUACCGCCGCUCCCUGGCCCGCUUGGAAAUGAGGCGGCGUUGCACGUGGAGCAUCUUCCAGUCCAUCGAAUAUUCCGGAGAGCAGGAUCAGGCCAAGCUCCGGGAUUUCUUCAGCUACCUCAGAGACCACUUCAACCCAAGCAGCCACGAGGACAGGGACUUCAUUAACUGCAUAAUCUCAGAGGAGAAGCCCACCCGGAACUUCAAGAUGAAGGAAUGUUGCCUGUAUGAAUCCAUCGACGUUCCCAACUCAUAUACGGGGCCUCGUCUUUCCUUCCCUCUCCUUCCUAACCAGGCAGCUGUCUUGGUGGAAGCGUUUAAAUGCAGACAACAGCUCCACGCUCGCUACCUCUUAAAUCUCCUGCACGAGACCCAGCAACUGCUCUCCAGGAUGCCGAACAUCAACCAAGUCCUCACCUGCUACAACGGGGAUGUCACGGUGUGCGGAGACUUGCAUGGACAUCUGGAUGACUUAUUUCUCAUAUUUUACAAGAACGGCCUCCCGUCCUCCGAGAGAACGUACGUGUUCAACGGCGACUUCGUGGACAGGGGCAAGGACUCCGUGGAGAUUUUAAUCAUCCUCUUUGCCUUCAUGUUGGCCUACCCCAACGCCAUCUACCUGAACCGAGGCAACCAUGAGGACUACUUGGUCAACCUCCGGUACGGUUUCACCCGCGAGGUGAUGGGCAAAUAUAAGAAACACGGCAAGGGGAUCCUCACCAUGUUGCGGAGCGUGUUCUGCUUGCUGCCCCUGGCCACGCUGAUCGACAAGAAGGUCCUGGUCAUCCACGGCGGGGUGUCGGACCAGACCGAUCUGGACCUGCUGCGCGGGCUCAAACGGGAUGAGUUCGUUUCCGUGAUGCUGUCCAAGAGGAAGAGGAACGUGAAGCGGGUGAAGAAGAGGGAGACCACGCGGGGAAGCGUUGUGGUCCGCGGGCCUUCCCCUCCGCCGGCCCGGAGGUCGUCCACCGCCUCGUCCCCGGUCCCGCCGGGCUCCCCCGAGGUGGGCCAGCCGGGCCGGGUCCCCGGCAGCUUCCUGCCCCGCGCCCAUCCCGGCACUCCCGAAGUGGAGCUGUCUUCCAGUGCCCCUAGUAGCUUUCUGCUCCCCUUCCACCCUGGCUCUCCGGAAGCAGGCCAGAUUUCCAGUGGGUCCGGCAGUUUCCUGCUGGCCGUCCAGCCCCUCUCUCCCGAGGCGGAACAGUCCGCCAGUGACCGUAGCUUCCUGUCCCUCAUGCCCUCCAACUCCGCCGUGGAGCGGCAGUCCACCAGCGGGCCCAGCAGCUUCCUGUCCCUCGUCCCCUCCGUGGCCCCCGAGGCGGAGCAAGCCGCCGCCGAGCCCGGCGACCCCCGGGCCCGCUGCCACCCCAACUCGCCCACCGACGGCCGGCCGGCCGGCCCCCUCGAUGGCCUCCCCCUCGACCAGGACGUUAUCGCCUUGAGGGCCCGGGAGUCGGAUGAGCGGGCCCAGGAGAGGUGUUCCCGGAGAACGGGCUGCCAAGGGGAGGAAGAGCCGGAGAAAGAGGAGGAGGAGGAGGAGGAGGCGAAGGAGAAGGAGGAGGCCGCCGCGAAACCCCCCGUCUCCCAGUCGGAAUCCGAACUGGAAACCAGAGAACAGCUGGAGACCAGCCAGAGGGAGUGGAAGCAGGUCAUAGACAUCCUUUGGAGCGACCCCAUGGUCCAGUGCGGUUGCAAAGCCAACGUGGUGCGAGGAGGAGGCUGCUACUUCGGGCCCGACGUGACCGAGCGCCUGUUCCGGAAGUACAGCCUGCAGUUGCUGAUCCGCUCCCACGAGUGCAAGGACGAAGGCUACGAGUUCUGCCACGACCGCAAGGUGCUGACGGUUUUCUCUGCCUCCAACUACUACGACGACGGGAGCAACUGGGGGGCCUACAUCAAGCUGGCGCCGGAUCUGGUCCCCCACAUCGUGCAGUACCGAGCCCACAAAGCCACCCACCUGCUCACCAGGAGACAGAGAGUGAACUGCGUGGAGGAGGCGGCUCUGGGGGCUCUGAGGUUGAAGCUGUUCUCCCACUCCACCGAGCUCCUCAGGGUCUUCCAGACCUACGACCCCGAGACCACCGGUUUCAUCAGUAUCCAGGACUGGGCGGCCGCCGUGGAGAUGGUGCUGCAUUUGGGGUUACCCUGGCGCCUGCUCAGGGACCGCCUGCUGCCCGCGCCCGUGGGGAACCACCUGGAAUACAGGCCCUGGCUGGACACGUUGGUCAAGGAGCAGCCCCGACACGAGAACGUCCAGCCCAGCCUCUUGGAGAUGCUGUACAGGAACCGGUCGAAUCUGGAGACCAUAUUCAGGAUCAUAGACAAGGACCGUUCAGGGGUCAUCUCGUUCGAUGAAUUCAAGCACACCUGGAAGCUGUUCGCCUCGCACAUGAACGUGGAGAUCACGGACGAAACCAUCUCCUCCCUCGCCCGGAGCAUCGACUCCAACCGGGACGGGAACAUCAACAUCGAUGAGUUCCUGGAGGCCUUCCGCCUGGUGGAACAGUCUUUCCCGAGGGAUAAAUCCCACAGGACCCAGCAGCCGGAACAGCAGCGGCGGCAGUGACCGCAAGAAGGGAUCCGGCCCCCCGGCCACGGCGUCCCGGGAGAGAGCCGUCCCUUCCCGGCCGCUCCGUACUGCCGGCCCCGCGUCGCCCGAAAGUCCGGAUUCGGAGACAACGGGAUGCCGGGGAGCCCGGCGGAUCCCGAUUUUUCCCCCCGGUCCGUCCCGAGGGGGAAGGCCCCGGGCGGCCGGCCGGCCGGACGCUCGAGUCAAAGCCUGGAGCGGAAAACCGGGAAAGAGCCACCUUCUUCCCUCACGGUUUUCCAUGGGGGGAGGAGGCGGCCCGCUACCUAGGCAGACGGAGGAGGGGAAAACUCCAACCGUGGCUUUUAAGAGAGGAACAAUAAAACCCAUUCGUGGAAACUCCUUAGUCCCGGUGGUCAUUCCCGGCCCACCAAGGC